GCGCAUCCUUUGCUGCAGCCCGUCGCGGAUGCCGAGCUGCACCUCGUUGCCUGCCGCCGCUGCAACUACAACCUCGCACUUCCUAUGGGACAGGCUCUGCAGAGACUGGCCGACCUCGUAUCCUGGUAUUGGGAUGGACCGUAUAAAGAAGUUCCCGCUCGACGGGGACAGAGACUUUCCUCAGCAGAUGGUGUUUGUUGUCCGCAAACCCAAGCAACCCCAGCUGAGUCUGUUACCCCCCCUCAAAGCAACCACCCCCUAUUGUUACUGUACCCGUGAAAUACUGUCGCCAUGCCGUUCCCGCCCCCGCUCGCGCUCUCGUCGCUCUGGGCGAACCGGAAGUGCCUCGCCAUCUGCUGCCUCGUGUCUAUGGCCAACCUCGAGUUCGGCCUCGACUCGGGCGUCAUCGGCACCCUACAGGCCAUCCCGGGGUUCCUGAUGGUCUUUGGCUACACGAACCCCUUUAUCCCCGGCGGGUACGGGCUCAACUCCACCUUCCAACAGCUCAUCACAUCGCUGCCCAUCCUAGGCGCGCUAGUAUCGUCCCUCGUGGCCGGCGCCUUCUCGACGCACCUCGGCCGGCGCGUCGGGCUAUGGGUUGCCUGCGCCCUGGCCGCCGUCGGUGUGGCCUUGCAGAUGGCCACCGACGACAAGGGCACCAUCUACGUGGGGCGCUUCGUGCUGGGGCUUGGUAAUGGCUUCUUACAGACCUUCUCCAACAUCUACUGCGCCGAGGCCGCACCGGCCCACCUGCGUGCCAUCAUGGUCGGCCUAUCGACCGAGUGGAUUCUAGUCGGCACCGUCGUGUCUGCCGUGAUUACCAACGCCACGCAGGUGCGCUUCGAUAAGACGAGCUACCAGAUCCCCCUUGGUACCCUGCUGAUCCUGCCCGUCGUGUUGGCUGCGGGGUUGCUGCUGGUUCCUGAGUCACCACGCUAUCUCAUUGCCGCCGGUCGCUUGCAAGCUGGGCGACGCGCGCUCGAAAGGCUACGGGAUACCUCGCUCACAGCCGACGAGCUUGAGCUUGAGUAUGUCGAGAUAGUCAAGGGGAUCGAGGAGGAGAAGCGCGUUGCGGGCACCGUUGGGCCGCUUGAUAUUUUUAGGGGAACUGACCGGCGACGCACGUUGCUGAGCUUGGGCACGGCCGCAGUCGACAGUGGCGCGUCGGGCGCGUGGUUCUUGAUCCCGUACUCGACCUACUUCAUGAUCAUCUCGGGAGUGCCCGUCAACGACGUGUUCCACUACUUUGUCAUCAACACGUGCACCGGGCUGGUCAUGUGCAACGCGGGCCUGUUCGCGCUGCGCCACGUGUGCGGCCGGCGCACGUUGUUGAUGAUCGGCGCGGCGCUCAACGCUGCAUUCAUGCUGGGCCUGGCCGUGUCGGCAACGGUCACGACGGCGUUCAGCGAGCCCGCGCGCACGUCGCUGGUCACAUUCGUCGCGCUGUUUCUGGUCUCGUACUCGUUUGCUACGGGUGUCGUCACGCGUCCGGUCACGACUGAGAUCGUGAGCACCCGCCUGCGCGCCUGGUCGUUUGGUUUGACCCAAGGGGUCAGUCAGCUGAUCAUCUGGCUCGUCUCGUUCUGCACGCCGUACUUUAUCAACCCAGAGCACAUGCACUGGGGCGGAAAAUACGGAUACAUCUUCUUCGCCUCCAGCCUGAUUUCUCUAGUGUGGUACUACUUCUUCAUCCCCGAGAUGAAGGGCCGCACGCUCGAGGAGAUUGACGAGCUGUUUGAGAAGCACGUGGCCACCAAGGACUUUAGCACGUUCAAGACGGCCAUCCGAGACCAGGUGCUCCGUAACAUGCGGGGCGACGACUCGGAGACAACCAAGGAAAAGUCUGCUGUGGAUUCCAGGAACAGGGGGACUAGGGUGUUGGUUAUUGGCCACUAGAGUGGUCAAUGAGUUAAAAGUCUAGCAUGAUGGGUGGGC